GUUAAUGAUUUUGUACUUAUUAUUGAACCACAGUGUUAUAGUUAACAUGUUAGCUAUAUCCUGAGAAUUUCUAACAGAUGAAUUUUUAUUAUUCACUUUAAGUUUGCAAAACUUUUCCAUAACUGUUGAACUGUGUUGUUCUUCUGCAGCUGCUGUGAAUGCAAUGAAUAAGUCUGCCUUGCUCACCAAUCUUGAUGAAAAUCAUCAAGGAAUUAUUGGGGGUGAAGAGAGCAUAACAGUAGCAGUUGAUGAUGGUAAACCUAGUGUGAAGAAACUAAUGGAAGAAGAGAUGUUUUGUGAGGAAGGCUUAAAGAAGCAGAUGGACAGUGCGGAACCAAAACAGUCUAAUUCAGAAUAUGGAGGCAAUAAAAGGAAAAACUGCAAAAGAACAAACAGAGGUGUGGAAAAAACUGGAACGGAAAAAACUCUUGGGUCAUCACCUGAAUCUCAGAGUAUCAUAAGAAACAAAGGGACAAAUGGAGUUGGUUGCUGCUUUUUUCUCACUGAAAUUAAAAGAAGAUUAAAACAAGCUAUAGGCAAAGAGCAGCAAGAGAUCGCUCCUGAUGGUGCUUCAAAGAGAUUUGCUAACAAGUAUCGAGCAAGGGGUGAUAGUGACAAAAAAUAUAGAAAGAAUAAUGGAAGAAAUUCUCUUGGUAAGGACCACUUCUUUAAUGAAAAGAUUGCCAGGCCUCUAUCUGCUGUCAGAAAGGAAGAGAAGACUGACAUGUUGAAAGAAUGUGAAAUAGAUUUGGAGCGGGAAACUGCUGCUUACCCCAAGAAUAGAAUGGCUAACAUUUACGUGGAGGCCAAGAAGCAUCUCUCUGAUAUGCUUACCAGUGGCACAGGGGUUCAGAAUUUUUCGAGUGGACAGUCCUGGAAGAGAGUGGGGGCAAGGCCUUGUUACUGCACAGAUGAGGUUUUCUAG